ACAUGGUCUUUCACACACACAAUAAUCCUCCACGUCUCUAUGUUUUGGAAUCCCCUUCGUCUUCGUUCCGCCCUCUGCUCCUCCUUUCUACUUAAACCCUACGCGGAUCUUGCCAUGUAAUCGCAGGAGUGGGUCCCAUCCGGGCUUUCUUCUUCUCUCUUCUUCUCUAUUCCCUUGCCUCUCUCGGGCUCCCGAGCUUUCUCGACAAUGGCGAACAACUCCAAAGACGAGCCCAAGACCGCUCCUCAGGCCGAUCGCUGGUACAACCUAACCUUAGGCCCCUCCUUCAAAAGCGAUUCCUCCAACAAAUUCUGCACCCUCCGAUAUGAAUUUAAACCGGCUUCGAUCGACAAGACGAAAGCGGGAUCGCUACACAAGACCAAGGAAAAUAGGGUUUCUGUGGAGUUCCACAACAAUCAAUUGGGCAAACCAAAAGUGACAUUUGAGGGAAGCAGCGAGGAGUACAAGGAAAGCGACGCAGUUCUGUUCUUCGAUGGAGAGACUUUCCGGCUGGAGCGGCUUCAUCGGGCGGUUAAGCAGCUCCGGCACCUUCGCAAGCCCGGUGAGUCCACUGCUGCCACCUCUGUGGUCUCCGCCGCGCAAUCGGUGCCUGCCCCCGAGCUGCGGUUGUCCCCGGUUGGGAAGGGUGCAAAGCCGGCAAAUUUAGGUAGAAGCACGUUUCCAGCCAUGCCGCCGGUGCCGGUUGAGAUGGAACGAAUUGAUAUUGGCAAGCCUGAGAAUCCAGGUGUGAAACCUUCCGGAAAAGGGGCUUUUGAUUAUCCAUAUGAUCCGCCAAACUUCUCUGUGGCCUCACCAGGCCCCAAGAACGAUGAAAAUGAAGAACAUCAAGAUAUAGAUAUUGAUGACCUUUUUGGUAGUCGAACACCUGAAGACGAAAUUGCCACUGAAGAAAAAGACAAUGCUGGAGUUGAUAUAAAUGUACCACAUCAAAAUGACACUGAUGAAGAGAUUGCUGAUGUAGAUGAUAGUGGCGAUGAAGUGGAAAGGGGACCCAAUGCUGCAGAAGCACUUAGAGCCCAGGUGAAUGCUGAGGAGAGGGAUGAGCAGACUUCUAGUUCUAGCAGCUCAAGCGGAAGCGGUAGCAGCAGUAGCAGUAGCAGCAGUAGUGACAGUGAUGGCAGCGAUGAAGACUCAGUCAACUCUAUCUGAGAUUGGCAAACUGCCCUAAACCUGCAGAAAAAAAGCAGUUGGAGACAGACAGAAAAUACAGAGUGGAUAUGUGCCAACAGAAGUAUGGCUUGCAAAUUUAAAACAAGCCAUCCUGGUUUUGGGGGAGAGAUCUUGUGCUUCUUUUUGUUAUAGGGUUACAUGUUUGAUCAUUUAUGGGAGAUCUUAUUAAGUUAUCCCACUUGUGUCAACACCUCUUUUUGCAAAUGUAAUGAGUAAAUUUCUUAUGAAGAGCAUGAAACUUUCCAAAUUUGAUAAUACUUUGAGAUACAAUAUUUACAUUAUCUUCCACCUAAAUGGUGACAUUAGUUAGCU